ACUGACUUGAUUGUGUUGACUGAGGAAUUCACUAACUCUUCCAUAACCAAUAAAUCAUGGUAUCUGCUUGGACAUUGAACAAAAAUGCAGGGCAUUCUGUUACUGGAGAAUUGUGGGUGUCCAUUCUCGAGAAGGCGUAUGCCAAACUGCAUGGAUCAUACGAGCGGCUGCUGUCCGGCUCUAUUGGUGAUGCUCUUCGUGAUCUGACCGGUGCACCAUGCAUCAAGUUCAAUUUUGCAAGUGCCAAAUUCAGGUCCUCUGAGGCAGAAGGAGGUUUGUGGAAUCUGUUGAAGGAGUACGAAAUGGAGGGUUACGUGCUUGUGGCCUGUGCCCAGGCUAAUGACGAAAAUGUGUCGGAUGGCGAAGAUGGUUGGGCUGAUGGAAUCUACCAAGGUCAACAUGCCUUUUCAAUUAUUGCAGUGCGUGAGUCGCAUGGCCAUCGGCUCCUGCAUUUGCACGACCCUGCAGCGAUCUUUGAAUGGGAUGGUGCCUGGUCCAGCAAAAGCCCAGAGUGGUCCAACUGCAUGGAAGUGACCGAGGAUAUUCAACCUGUACUUGAUGGCCCGGAUGAUGCAUUUUGGAUGUCAUACAGAGAUUUCUUGCAGAAAUUCGAAGGUUUAGUUGUUUGCUGCAUACGCUACCAGAGGCCAACACCAUGGAAGGAGCUUCAGAUUCCGUGCACAUUUAUUGCAGAUGAUUGGUCCGCCGCUGGCAAUGCCACACAGCCUACAAGGAUGUUUCGUCUGAAGGUAUCGGUGAGGACCCACAUGUUCGUGGCUCUUCAUCAAGAGGAUCCUCUGAUGAUUGGUGCGGAGGAACCUUUCAAGGUUGGUGUUUGGAUCGUUGAUCUCCAGAACAAUUGUUUUGGGACGAAACAAACGAGAGAAACAACAUGCCAGGUGGAAGUGACGCUUGCUCCUGGACCUUAUCGGAUAAUUGUCAGAGCAUUUACGUACACAACAAAGAGUGGCAGGGUGACAAGAUUUCCUGACCCAACAGGUAGCAGCUUGCCACGGCGAUUCGUACUGACGGUACAUUCUGAUAUGGCGGUGACAGCGGGAUUGAUCAAGAUGGCUCCCCCUGAUACUACGCUUGCCAAACAGCCGAUCAUCCCUCAGACGCUGAUCUCAAAAGAACCUGUUGGGCAGUUGACUGUGUUCUUCGACGCAAGGCGACCAAGACCGCCGUCAGAAGUGCCGUUUGGUGAACCUAUAGCGAAGCCUGCUCUUCCCAUGCUUCCAGAGGUGGGCAUUUCUCCAAAAGAAACACAAUGUGGGCCGAGCGAGAUGCCACCUGAUACCGAGACAACAGUCGAGGCCACUCGAGAUGCAGAUCUUCUUCCUAAACUCAGUGUUGAGAAUCCUGUUCUCGCUGAUCGUCAGUUACCGGAGCUGGUACAAAUGGUGAAAGAAAUCACACAGAUCCCCUUCUGGGACACUCCAGCGGAGCCCUUGAUGGCACCGGGGACUGAGCCUCCUUUGGACACUAUGCGGGACUUCAUACAUGGGGAAUCUUUGUUUGACAGAAAGAGUACUGAAGAACCGAUACACAGGCCCUGGUUACAACCAGUCCAGGAAGCGAGAAAGGAACCAGCAAGUCGGAUUGGUAUUGAAGAUCUCAUGGACUUCUUGCAUCGCAGUAGAUUCCUUGCUGGCCAAGCAGAAACUGUCGAUGAUGGGUUAUCAUCAUAUAGGGGUGCCAAAUUUCUUCUGGACCAAUGGGAUGACAUGCCAGGUGCAAAAUAUAAGCAGCAGGAGGAGGAGGAAGAAGAGCAAAGAGGUCAAUUAAUACCAACCUCCCUGGAGAAAGAGUUACAGAUCCCUGAAGCAUUUCUCAAGAGGUUCAGAAAACAAGCUCCCUGGCAAGGUGUGGAGGCUUUUGACAUUACACAGGGAAUAAAAGCUUCUGGGUAUGGCGUAGUUGCUGACCCUAUGUUUGAUCCGCCGCCAGUUGGGUGGCACGGAGCAACGAUGGUCCCAGCUAAACAGCUUCUUCCAGCGCAUGUAAGAGUGUCAUUGUUUUCGGGACGGAUUGAAGCAGAGGAUGUAAGACAGGGCUUGCUUGAGGACGGAUGGUUCUUGUCCUCUGUUGUCGCCCUAGCACAUUAUCCUGGCAUCAUUACGAGAUUGUUUAUGGAAGUGGAAUCGCCUGCUAUUGCUGCCGAUGAUGAUGAAAGAGUAUUUCGAAUGAGAUUUUUCAAGGGUGGGAGAUGGGUGACCAUUGCAGUGAAUAGCAAGCUGCCUUCCAGGAAGGGAAAUUUCCUAUAUGCACAUUCCACCCGAAAUGACCUGUGGGUGAGCUUGCUAGAAAAGGCGUACGCCAAACUCCAUGGGUCCUACGAGCGGCUGAGCACAGGGUCGCCAUCGCCGGUGAAUGCACUGAGGGACCUCACUGGUGCCCCAUGUCUUGCUUUCGCAUUCAGAAGUCCAGAGUUCCAGCAGCUUGAAGACGGUGACGGUUUCUGGCCCUUAUUGAAGACAUACGAUGACAAGGGUUAUGUAAUCACUUUGUGUUCCACGGGUGCGGAUACGAUGAACCAGAAUGCUUUUGUCAAAGCACAUGCUUAUGCAAUCACCAAGUUGAGGGAAGUUGGUGGCCGCCGGUACGUCCAGGUGCGUAACCCAUGGGGAUUUGUGAUCACGUGGGAGGGCCAGUCCUCCACUGGCAGCGAGAGUUCUGCUGCCUGGGCAGGAGACCAUCCAGUCAUGCUAUUGGAGGAAGGCAUGUCAGUGAAGCCAGAUGUGCGCCGCGAUGAUAAAUCGCCGGCAGCUUAUUGGAUGGAGUACAGGAACGUGGUCAAGCAUUUCGCAGGAGUGGUCGUCUGCUGCAUUCGACACGACAUGAUGGAGCCCUGGGCAGAGGUGAAGAUGCCCUGGACCCUCGUUCCUAGCGGGCAGUGUAGCAGGGCACGAGAGUACUCGGAGGACAGCUCCUCAGAUCCGACAAGGGUUUUCCACGUGGAGGUCUCUGAGCCUUCCGAGGUGUAUAUUGGGCUUCAUCAGGAGGAUCCUCACCUGUUGGGUGCGAGAGAAACAGUGAAUGUGGGCGUUGGGCUUGUGGACAAGGAUGACCAUUGGAUAGCAUGGAAAGAGACGGAUGAAGUGACUUGCCUGGUGGAGGCAGCUUUGAGCCCUGGGACAUACAAAGUGAUCGUGAAGGCACUUGACUUCGACCCUGCGAGAACUUCGACCGCCCGAGCAGAUCGGCAUGAUGUCCCCGAUUCCCAUUUAGAGUCCGACGUGGGACCACGGCGUUUCAUGCUAACCUUCCACUCAACCACUCGUGUUGGUGUGGAGUUGGCCAGUUCACCAGCGGCAACAACAGAGUUGUCUGCACGCGCCCGAAUUUCAUCGGCUUCCUCUUCCUCCUCUGCCUCCUCAUGGGUCAGAUUGACAACAACUGAACGCAGUGAUAUUGUCCCUCCGGAGCCGGCUGCCGUGUUAGCAGGAGUCCUGAAGGAAGCGGGCAAGAAACCUUCACAAGACGAAGAUGUCUAUGGUCGGAAAGGGGGCGAAGCGACUCUGCCUCCGCCCAGUGAACCUCUCACCAACCGGAACAAUCCGCCAGAGACCUCAGGCACCAUCGGGAGUCUUCCGGAUGCGACCGCGGGAACGGAUGGCCACGAAGGAAGUGCGUUGUUCUGCGGGGCCUCCGAUUGGUCCAUUGUGGAAUUCCCUCUUCCCCCGGCGGUUCCGGGGCCAUGGACGAUGAUGGCCUCGUACCAGAUGCAGCUUCUGCUCCGUCCAAAGAUCGACAGUGAGAGAACGAUCGACCCCUUCUCCUUGUCAUCGGAGCUGGCGAUUGCCUCGCUCGAUUUCCGAUGGUCAACAGAGCCGGCUACGGAGCCAUAUGUUCCUAUUGCAAAGCGCCCUCCAGAGCGCAAGUGCUUCCAAGAGGCCUCUGCUCUUCCUUUCCAGUCAAACUUUUCCAGCCGGUCUGUGGUACGCCAGGCAUCCCCAUGCCCUGCCGGGGGUGGAGGGCCCGUUGCUGAAAGCCAUCCCAUUCCCAUUCUCGAACUCCCUCUUCACAUCAAGUUUGAACCUUCUAAUUGCCGCAAGGUUCCCCCUGUCCAGGUGGUGUCAGCUGGCCAGAGGGAGGCCAGGGACAGGAGCGAGAGUGAGAACAGGCUAGAUCUAGGGGCAUUGCCAACAAAAUGGUUAUCUGUGCUGCGUCAGCAUCCUGCACGGCAGGAAAUACUAGACAUGGCUAGACAUUCCGGCCUGGUUAAUGCCGACAUGCCCCAACUGUUGCAGUCACUGCCAUGGCAGUCGGCCCAUAACUUGCACCCUUCUAUCGAGGUCACUACGUACGGAAGGCUGUCGGAUGCCAAGUAUGAUCCGCCCUUGCUUCCUUCUCAUGCUGAUGUACGAUUGCUUUCGGCUGAAGACGUCUUCCCCUCUACGCCUGUACUUUGUCCGACCACAAUUCAGGCAGCGGAUGUCCGGUUGGGAUUGUUAUCGGAUUCUUGGCUGCUUUCCACUGUGGCGGCAGUUGCCCAGUUCCCAGGCAUUCUAGACAAAGUUUUCCUACAUGGGAAAGCCACCAAAGAUGGUGUCUACAAGCUGCGCUUUUUCAAAUCUGGACGGUGGGUGACGAUCGCAGUAAGCAGCACGAUCCCUUGUCGGGAUGGAAAGCCAGCCUUUGGAGGUUCGGCUGCCGGUGGUUUAUGGGUUCCUCUUCUGGAAAAGGCAUAUGCGAAGCUUCAUGGCUCUUAUGCAAGGAUAUGCUCAGGUUCUCCAGCUGAUGCGUUGGAAGAUCUCACAGGGGCACCAUGUGUCAGCUUUGGUUUCUCCACCCCCAAGUUCAAGCGUAUGGAAGCAGAGCGAGGUUUCUUGCCACUGAUGAAAACGUCGCUUGAGGAAGGCUUUGUGGUGGUUGGUUUGCGUUCAGAUAUUACGAAAAGAAGCAAAUUCAGCGUCACCAAAUCAGCAACAGCGGACAGGGCGACAAUCAGGGCAGUGAGACCUCUAAUCCCAGUCCGGUUCAGAAGCAAAUUCAUCGAGUGGCAGGUGGCCACAGACGCAGCCUUCGCAAUCCCCACCCUCGACGAUGACAGAGCCCUGGCGAAGAACAUCAGGGAGAACAUCUCGGCAGAUACCCCGCUGGGGGUGUACGGACUCCCUCCACGGGAAGCGACAAUCGAAGGGAAGACGCUGGAUGAGCCAGUUCUGACCCCCUUCGACCCCGUUCUGGUCAAGCUCGAUGAAAAAGCAAAACUCAGCGAGGGCUUGACAUGGAGGGCAUGGGACACGAUCACAAUGCUCCCACACAAUGUGAUGAACGGAAGAUUCAGCACGACUGACAUCAUCGCCGACUCGCUGGCAGAUAUCAUCAGAACUCACCUCUUGACAUCCAGGACUUYGCUGCAAGACGAGGCGACCCCCAUCUACGUGGAGAUGGGGAAYGAUGAAGUGGACAUGGAAAACGAAGAAGAAGAGGACUUUGGUUUGGGUGACGAUCUCUCCCCAGGGGGAGAGGACGAGGUGCCGCACCCGACAACAGAGAGCAGCGCGGGGGAAUACAGCAUGGGAACCACUGCAUCGAAGGAGGACAACAGAGACUCGGAUUCCGAGAGCAGCAAGAUCCAGCCUGCAGCAGAUUGAAAAAGCACUCCAAUAGAUAGUAAAACAUCACCUCAAAG